UUUUAAUUCCUCCCACUGCUAGUAUACUAAAGUAAUUACUUUAGUAGUACUUGGGAUAGCGGUAACACGAUGGAUGCUAAUAAUAAACUGAUUUCCUAAAGAGGGAUACAUCCCCAGAACCUCAGGCUGCCAACCUUUCAGCCUCUUUCUUGAUUUCUCCUCUUUCUUUCUUUCUUUCUUUUUCUUUUUCUUUUCUUUCUUUUUUUUCUUUUCCCCCUUCUGGUCUCUCUCACCCCUCGUUCACCUCCAUCGUUUUUUUUUAUAAUUUAUUUCAUUAUUUUUUUUCUCCCCCUCUCUUCUGAGUGUUUAGUACGAAGUACUUAGUACUUGCUCUCGUUUUACCUGGGUUGUAUCAUGCAUCAUCCGCAGCUCCUCCGACCGCCGCCAUAGCCCGUCGGCCACCCCUCUAUAUUCGCAGGAGGCCUACCCUAUUAUUAUCUCUCCUACACUCCCUUUCUUGACCACCGUUUCCUCCCCUCCUCUUCCUCCUCCUCCUCCUUUUCAUCCUCUCUCUUUUAUUUCCCUCAUCCUCCCGGGUAUCACGGUGCGCUGGAUUUUCUGGUGAUAACCCGCGCCAACAAAAUCCCAUCCGCCCCCCCCGGUAUCUCUUUUUCCGCCCCCCCCCUUUCGACCUCCCACCGUGAUUUCUCCAUAACCACCCGUGCCCAUCAUGGAUGGGGAUCUCAGCCUUUCCCAGUCAUUGGGAGGCCUACGGAUUGCGAACCCAGAUGAUUCGUCGUUGCAUUCGUCCGAGGAUACGGCAACGCCCGCUGCGACUGUGGCCUCUGAAGCACUAGCAGACUCCGAUCCUACGCGCCAAUGGACUCGGUCCGAACAGCUAGACGAUACGCUGUCGACAACGCCACCCCAACCAUCAAUAUCGUCCUCAGAGGAACCACUUCACGACCCCCCAGCCAUGAUCGAGCCGCUCGUCAAACCAGGCGGGAAUCGAAGUUCAACCUACCUACCUCAGACCGAUCAAGCGCAGCAACCUACUCAACAAUCUCCUGCCUAUAUAUCUCAACAACCGUACCCCCAACCACAAUCACAACAAAAUCGCUCUUUAGGGUCUUCUCGCCCUUUAUCAGGCCUCUACGCUUAUGCGAAUGGGUCCUCAUCCACACUGGCAGCCCGGGAGGGCUCCUAUCGGAUUCGUACCGAUUCCGCUGCAUCGUCCGCUUCCGAAAGUCAGGCACGGGCAGAAUCCCGUGGCGGCUCCGCGGCGUACCAGGCAGGGGUCCCGGUACGCGAUAAUAGCCAUAGUGAUCGGUCAUAUAGAACGGCGCAGCUGCCGGUGGGCAAUGGACCCAUGGUGAUGCGCCAGCCGUCCCGUGCUCGCGCGCGCCCGGCAGGUGCUCCACAACUCGCGGGUCCCCCUUAUGGGAUGGAGAAUGGCCAAACCUCAAACAGUGAAGACUGGCAUGAGCGAGGUGCAGCCGUUGCAGUGAGGCAGGAGAUAGAUGCCAACGGGAAGCCCGUCGCCCGAUAUAUCAAGAAGGGUGUCCGUGAUUUUUCCUUUGGAAGCACACUCGGAGAAGGCUCAUACAGUACUGUUGUACUUGGAACUGACCGUCAAACGCUCAAGGAGUAUGCCAUAAAGAUCUUGGACAAACGGCACAUAAUCAAGGAGAAAAAGGUGAAGUACGUGAACAUCGAGAAGGAUACCCUCAAUCGGCUUACCGAGCAUCCCGGAAUCGUUCGACUGUAUUAUACCUUCCAGGAUGAGCGCUCAUUGUAUUUUGUGCUGGACCUUUGCAAAGGUGGUGAACUGCUGGGAGUAUUGAAACGUAUGACCAGCUUCGACGAAGAGUGCACGAGGUUCUAUGGAGCUCAGAUACUAGACACUAUAGACUACAUGCAUAAGCGUGGCGUUAUACAUCGCGACCUGAAACCGGAAAAUGUUCUUCUUGACAACCAGAUGCAUAUCAAAAUCACUGAUUUCGGUACGGCAAAGAUUCUCAAGGCUCCGCGCAAACCAGAUCCGAGCACAAGUGGGAUGCUGGCAUUGGACUCGCCAGAAAUUCCCGAAGAAGAGCGGGCAAGCUCCUUCGUCGGUACGGCCGAGUACGUCAGCCCCGAGCUAUUGACCGACAAGAAUGCGUGCAAGGCAAGUGACCUGUGGGCAUUUGGUUGCAUCGUCUAUCAGCUCUUGGCUGGUCGCCCUCCAUUCAAAGCGGCGAACGAGUACCUGACGUUCCAAAAAAUCGUUGCACUUGAGUAUGAGUUUCCCAUCGGUUUUCCCGCUGUUGCCCGCGACCUUGUUGAGCGUCUUCUUGUGUUGGACCCGACCCGUCGGCUUCCAAUCGAACACAUUAAGAACCACGAGUUCUUCCGGGGGACGACAUGGGGCCCGGAUUUGUGGAAACAAAAAGCGCCCCGUCUCAAAGCCUAUGUUCCUCCCGCCCGCGAACCGAUCAAACUGAACGGAGCCGGUGAGGGUGACAGCUUCUCUGCAGGCGUUGCGGCAGGCCCAUCAACCACCAACAAUACCAGUUCCAGGGUUGUCCCCAGACUGGUCACGGAAUUGCCACCUCCGAGCCAGCUUGAUAUUGAGUGGUCGCCGGUGCUUACCAAAACCAACGAAAGGAUAUUAAAGCUGGGAAAUCUAAUGGUACUGUCUUCGCCGGCUGCACAUAGCCCUUCUACUAAGAGUGGGAACGGUGAGAGCGAAGCACCGAAAAAGUUCUCCCGCUUCUUUGGAGGAAGCACAACGAAGAAGCGGCAGCGGCUGGUCAUGGUCACUUCCUCUGCGCGUAUUAUCAUGGCCGCGGCAGGUGGGGACGAGAAAAAGGCAAAGUUAGACAUCUCUCUGCUAUCCCCAGGAACGCACUGGCGCUCCUCCACGGAUUCGAAAGGACUCUCUUGCUGGGUCGUUGACACGCGUGACAAACAUUAUGUUUUCGAAGACCCCAAACCAUCCUCUAGCAAUGCUAGCACGGCCACUCUGAACGCGCAGGAAUGGGUGGAUUCCCUGGAUCGUGCUCGAGAGAUGGCUUUAACCCAGCAAGCGAACGGGUCUUAUUCGGCCGACGAGGCUUUCCGUGACAUAUCGUCCGAGUUGUCGAGCCAUGCUAACACACUGGACCGUACCUCCGAGGUUGUUCACGAAAAUCCACCUGGACGAGCCACUCUAGUUAAACAUCAGCCCACUGAUUCGGACUCGGUCAAAGGAAAGAAGCGGUUUAGUAGGCGUCAUUCGAAGAAUGGACUGGCAGCCGUCUUCUAGACUAUACAGCUGGCUUUUUUUUUUUGUUUUACAACACAAGGUUCUGGC